AUGGCAGAUACAAAGAUGAGGCUAGUUGAUUGGCUGGACGACCUAUGCGUCCGCUUCAUCAUCAACCUCCCCCAAGAAGAACUCGAAUCUGUCGAGCGCAUCUGCUUCCAAGUCGAAGAAGCACAAUGGUUCUACGAAGACUUUAUCCGCCCACUCGACCCCCAGCUUCCCUCCAUGAACUUGAAAAAGUUCUGCCUCCUCAUAUUCCAGCACUGUCCGCUGCUCUCCGCUUUCUCCGAGUACCACCACACCCAGGCCUACUCCGAGUUCCUGGCGUACAAGACCCGCGUUCCCGUGCGUGGCGCCAUAAUGUUGAACGACGCUAUGGACCAAGCGGUAUUAGUAAAGGGAUGGAAGAAGGGUGCGAAGUGGAGUUUCCCCCGCGGCAAGAUCAACAAGGAUGAGAAGGAUCUGGAUUGCGCUAUACGCGAGGUCUACGAGGAGACUGGAUUUGAGAUCAAAGAGGCGGGGCUUGUGAAAGAUGAGGCUGAUAUGAAAUACAUUGAAGUGUCAAUGCGGGAGCAACAUAUGCGCUUGUAUGUCUUUCGGGGUGUGCCAAUGGAUACCUACUUUGCGCCGCGGACGAGGAAGGAGAUUAGUAAAAUCGACUGGUAUAAGCUCUCCGACUUGCCGACACUCAAACGGAAAGGCCAAAAUCCACAGCACGUGCAGGGGAACGGAGAGGACGUAUACAAGGAUAACAUGUUUUACAUGGUGGCCCCGUUCCUCGGACCGUUAAGAGCUUGGAUAAACAAGCAGAAGAAACAGGAC